UGCAGCCCUGCCUCCUUUUUGCUGUACGUGCAGCGUGACGUAAUUUGUAAGAGGUGUUGCGUGUGCAAGCUUGCAACCGAGCGGCAUGACGUGGCCAAAAUCUGAAAGACGGCAGCACCACUGGUCGAUGAGAAGUUGCUCUACUCACUAGUGACAGUAAGCGACGGAGACACGAGAUAGCUGGAACUUUACGUUGUAUUAUACGCUCAUGACAAUGUUAUGACGUGUUUGUAUGUACUGUAGUCUGUUGUGUAGUUUGUGUAGUUUACGAGUCCCGGACGAGUCACUCGUGCGUUGUUCCGUUUAUUUGCUACAGGGUUAGCGUUCUGUAGCUGCCCAUGUCCACAGAUCGCUCUAUUAGGAGUAAGGAGGGGAUUUUCCCACUGGCCGAGGCAUGUCGUUGGGGCAAUGUAUCACAAGUCGCGGUGCUACUCGGCCAUGGAUCAGAUCCCAACGUUGCUGAUAAUGUAGGAUGGGUGCACAUCCUUCCACUAUUCAGCAAACAACACAGAAAUCCUUAGACAGCUCUUAGCAUCACACAGCACUCAUCACAACAUAAAUGCCCCCUCGUCUCGAGGGGAGACCCCUCUUCAUUUGGCCUGUCUCAAUGGAAACCUCGAGUCUGCGAAGCUCCUUGUAGGCAGUGGAGCUGAUAUGAAAGUGAGAGACAGGAAAGGGAACAGUGUGCUCCACCUGUCAGCUGCCAGUGGCUCCAUCCAACUCAUCCGUUGGAUCAACAGUUCCUUCAAGGAUUUCCUGAAUUCACACAACAAAGAUGGCGACACUCCAUCACAUUGUGCAGCUAGACUUGGCUGUCGAGAGGCCCUCUCCACUCUUACAGACCUCGGGGCCGACAUGGGGAUGAAAAACAAGUGGAAUCACACGCCGUUAGAGGAAUUCCAUCAAUUCAAUUACAGGACUACAACUGGCAUUAGGAGAGAAUUGGGUCUGACACACGUACGCGAGGGAAAGGGGGAGAACUGCCAUGUACCAACAGCAGUGGUAGAUGGAGAUAUGCGAGAGAGUAGGAGUCACAGCGAGCCUCGGUUACCCAGGAACAAGAUGAAGGGUAGAGAGGGGGGUGAGGAGAGUCGGAGUGCGACAGACGUUACAGCUGACAUCGCAGAGCUCUACAAGGGGAUUAAUGGCACUAGAGGUGGGAGAGUACAACGUGCAGCCAGUCCACUGUCCAGCAGCAGUCUUUCGUGUGCAAGAUCUCAAUCACCAAGUCAGAGCAAAAAUGAUGAUACUGGCAAUGCUGCUCCCUGCAAAAACUCUGCCACUGCUUCCAACCACGCAUCCGCUGACAGUCAGGAAAAGACUCAUCUUGGUAGCAAGAGUGCCUCUCAUCUUGACAGACGACCUGUAAAUAGGGAUGACGGUGUUCAUUGUACCGGCAGCAGCAAGAGUGCAACAAAUGUAAUUACUGACGCUGCAGCAGGGGGCACCCCGGUCAGCGAGCACAGGGAAAUGCGGAGAAAAGAGAAGUACAACAUCUCCAGCAAGACGGGAGUGGAGGAACUCAGAGUCAAAGGCAAGUCAUCCUCACAGAGUGAGAAACUGCAGCGACGAAGAGACAACGUCCGCUCUGAAUCAGCCGCCAGUGGGAUAAGGAGGCCUUAUACUCCAGACCUAGGAAUGAGAGGUCGGGCAAAGUCCGAGGUACAGCACAGAAACGAGUCCUUGGUGUAAGACACCCACUCCCUUCCCUUUCUCUUUUCUCCCCGAUAUGAGUUACAUAAGCUACUUCUACACGUUUGUAUCACCAUGUGAAUAAAAAAUGUUAGCACUUGUUGUCUGCACCAGCAAUUGUCUCUAACAGCCCGCUGUGGUGUCUAUCACUCUAUUUUUGUAUGAUGUCGCUUCACACUCAGCUAAGUCACCAACAGUGUAUGUACAUACUGUCUUUUUAUCACAGUGUAUAAUUGUAAUUAUUAUGAAUGUUUUUGGGCAAGCUAAGCUAGCCAAACCUGUUUUUCUUGGCCCUGUUAUGCCACC